AUGGCGAACAUCGAUAAAGCACUUAUGUCUCUAUCUCUCGAAGAGGAGGAGGACGUUCCUUUCGUCUUGCCAAAUCUUCCGAAGUACUGUUCCUGCGAAAAGAAUGUGAUGAGCAUCAUGGGGCGAACCCUAAACCCAGAAUGUCAGAACAUGGCUGACCUUAUCUUAGAUAUGCCACGUAAGUGGCAGGUUUAUGAUCGGGUACGAGGUGUUGCUCUGUCUAGUGAGAGGUUUCAGUUCAUCUUCAAGUAUGAACACGAUCUAGAGGAGGUCAUGAAGAAGCGGGUUUGGACGUUUAACAAGUGGUAUGUUAUAGACCGAUGGGUGGAGAAGCCACCAGAGGACUAUCUGCAGUUUAUGCCGGUGUGGAUACAGAUACGUAAUAUUUCUGUGAAUUAUUACACAGAAGCCUCUAUUUACGAUCUAGGAGACAUCAUUGGGAAGGUGGAGGAGAUGGCUUUUGACCCUGAGAAACCCCAGAGCAAUGAUUACGUGCGGGUCAAGGUGAGAUUUGACGUUUCUAAACCAGUGCGCAGGUCAAAGGCAGUGAUUCUUCCGAAUGGUGAAACAACAACAGUGUGGUACGAUUUCGAAAGAAUUCAAAAACAAUGUUACAACUGUCAACGUCUGACACAUGAGAAAGACAAGUGCCCGCUGUUGGUAAAACUGAGAAAGGAAAAGGCAGAGGCUCGAAGGAGGAACAUCUUGGAAGCAAAACAGAGGGUGGAACCGAUACUGAAAGAAAACGAUCAUUUGUUUGGCGUGCUGAGGGAGGAUCAGGUGGGACUGGAUCCAUUGUCAGGUCGGCUGAAAAUCCAUCCAGAUGUAUUACAAGAGAUGAGACUGUACCUCCUUGCAGCAGAAGGAACGGAGAGGAAAAUAAGGGAGGAAAGAGUGAAAAUAUCAAUACAGAGUAUAAGCUCAGAUACUCAAACUCAAAACCUUGUACUACGACAUGGACCAGUGAUCACGAAUGACGUGUCGGUGGAUGUAAAGUAUGCAGACAAGCAUCUAAUCGACUGUGCUGUGCAGUGUGGUUCUUUUGAGUUCUAUGUUUCUUUUGUAUAUGGGGAUCCUGAGGUCAAAGGCAGGACUCAUGUAUGGGAGAAAUUGAUGCGCAUUGGUGUGCAAAGGAAAGACGUGUGGUGUAUGGUGGGAGAUUUUAAUGAAAUCUUACACAAUGGAGAGAAACUAGGAGGCCCAAGACGUAGUGAGGGGUCCUUUAAGGACUUUGCUGAGAUGCUUCGAACCUGUGAGAUGGUCGAACUAAUAGGGAAUGGAGAUGGCUUCACAUGGGCAGGAGUGAGACAGAAACAUUGGGUCCAAAGCAAGAUGGAUAGAUGUUUUGGUAACAAGGCGUGGAGACAAUUUUUUCCACAAGCGAACCAAGUUUUUAUAAAGAAACUUGGAUCUGACCAUAGGCCGGUGCUUGUGAACCUAAUGAGCAGACCGAAUGAGACAAGAGGAUCCUUUCGCUUUGAUAAACGGUUCAUUGGAAAACCGAAUGUAAAGGAGGCUAUUAGAGUGGCUUGGAGAGGGAUUCAUCAAACAGCACCGAGGAGUUUGAUGGACAGAUUAGGUGCGUGCAGGAAGUCCCUCAGUAAGUGGAAAAAAGAAAACAAAAGCAACUCUAUGGACAGAAUCCUACAAAUGCGCAGAGAUUUGGAGAUAGAGGAAUCAUUGCUGCAUCCCAGACUGGAUAUCUGUAGGAACCUGAAGGCUGAAAUUGCAAAAGCAUAUAGAGAAGAGGAGAGUUUCUGGAAACAGAAAUGUAGAGAGAAGUGGCUGCAGCUAGGAGAUAAAAACACCAAGUUUUUUCACGCAUCGGUAAAGACCCAACGAUUAAGGAACCAGAUUGAAUACUUGAUUGAUGAUCAGGGUAAUAAGACAAGCACUGCUGGUUCGAUGGGCGCUGUGGCAGGAAGUUAUUUUCAAAAACUUUUUACUUCCUCAAGAUCUGAUAGCUGUGGAGACUUCUUUAAUGGCUUUGUAGUGAAAGUCUCAGAACAAAUGAAUAUGAGCCUUAUCAAGGAUGUAUCAACUUUGGAAAUCAAGGAUGCGGUGUUUUCUAUAAAUCCCUCGAGUGCUCCGGGUAUUGAUGGCAUGAAUGGCCUUUUCUUUCAACACUACUGGGAUAUAUUGGGGCCACAAAUCGUCUUAGAGAUCAAACGUUUUUUUGAAACAGGGGAGUUCCCAGUUGAGUUGAAUUACACGCAGAUAUGCCUCAUCCCUAAGGUCACAAAACCGACGAGAAUGGUAGAUUUGAGGCCAAUAAGUUUGUGUACGGUCAUUUACAAAGCUGUCUCAAAGAUUUUGGUCAGGAGAUUACAACCUUGGCUCGCGGAAAUUGUCUCACCAAUGCAGUCAGCUUUGAUCUCGGAUAAUAUCAUUAUCGCACAUGAGAUGUUGCACGCACUCAGGACACAUCCUCGAAUAUCUGUAGAAGACAUGGCAAUCAAAACGGAUAUGUCAAAAGCAUAUGACCGAAUAGAGUGGGACUAUCUACAAGCCUUGCUUACGGCGCUGGGAUUUCAUUCCAAAUUUCUCCAAUGGAUCAUGUUCUGCGUACGAACUGUGAUAUAUACGGUGCUUAUAAAUGGAGAGGCACAUGGGAUGAUAAGACCAGGAAGGGGGCUGCGACAAGGCGAUCCGCUAUCGCCUUUCCACUUCGACCUGUGUACUGAGGGAUUUUCAUACUUGAUGAAUAAGGCUGCUAUGGAAGGGAAACUAUCUGGGAUACAAUUCUCCAAAAAUGGACCAGCAGUGGAUCAUUUGUUAUUUGCAGACGACUGCUUGGUGUUGUGCAAGGUGGAUGACUCUCAAUGUGAAGUUCUGUAUAGCAUCUUGAAAGAGUACGAGAGAGUAUCUGGACAAAUGAUAAAUUUUGAUAAAUCAUCAAUCACGUUUGGAGCGGAGGUUGAAGAAGAUACUAAACAGAGAAUAAAGACCAAAUUGGGCAUCCAAUCGGAAGGAGGAACAGAGAAGUACUUAGGAUUGCCAGAGUGUUUUUCUGGAUCGAAAAUCGAAAUGCUAAGUUAUAUCCAAGACAAGAUGAAGUCGCGAUUUCAUGGAUGGUAUGGCAGAUUCUUGUCGCAAGGGGGAAAGGAGAUCCUUUUGAAAUCAGUCGCCAUGUCGAUGCCGGUGUAUGCAAUGUCUGUUUUUAAGCUGCCAAAAACGACUUGCCAAAAUCUUACCAGUGCCAUGUCGAACUUCUGGUGGGAGGCUCAGGAGGAUAAGAAGAAAAUCCAUUGGGUCUCGUGGGAGAAACUGUGCUUGGAAAAAGAGUUGGGGGGGCUCGGAUUCAGAGAUAUUGAACUGUUUGACCAAGCCUUGUUGGCUAAACAAGGAUGGAGGCUACUUGCAUUACCGGAGAGCCUCUGUGCCAGGGUUUUACGAAGCCGUUACUACCCCAACUCAGUUUUCCUGUCAGCAGCGAUGGGAUCUCGUCCUUCCUUUGCUUGGAGGAGCAUUCUAUAUGGAAGAGAGCUUUUGGAGAAAGGGUUAAAGAGGUCAAUCGGGUCGGGUGAUACAGUUAACGUGUGGUUAGACAAUUGGAUCUUGGAUGAUAGACCGCGGGCGCCAUUUCGGCGAGAAUUGUUCUGGGAUUUAAACCUGAAAGUGAGAGACCUGAUCAACCCUCAGACUAAAACUUGGGACAGAGGAAAGAUGGAAGAAAUCUUUGUACCGGGAGACAUUGAAAUCAUCAUGAAAAGCAGACCGGAUUUUGGACUGAAAGAUGGCUAUGAAUGGGCUUAUAAUAGGUGUGGGAGUUACUCUGUUAAGUCUGGGUAUUGGUUGGGGAAGACUUUGCAACCGUCGGAAGCUAGAACAAUGGCUAUGGAAAGACCAUCUUUGAACCCUUUGAAGAGCAAAGUCUGGACUACAAAAACGAGUCCAAAGAUUAAAUUGUUUAUGUGGAAGGUAUUGAGUGACGCACUGCCAGUCUCUGAUGGUCGUAAAGGGCGAGGAAUAUCAGUGGAUGGGAUAUGUCAAAGCUGUGGAGGGAAUGGGGAAUCUAUAAACCAUGUUCUCUUCGAGUGCACUAUAGCGAGACAGAUAUGGGCGCUAACAAACUUUCCUUUCCCUGCUGAAGGUUUUCACCAACAAUCCAUCUUUGUAAACAUGGCGUAUUUGUUGAAUAGAGUCCAUGAUAAGGAGAUCCCAGAGGAGAUAAGCAGAAGUUUCCCAUGGAUCCUCUGGCAAAUUUGGAAGAACAGGAAUGCCUUCUUAUUUGAAGGGAAGAGAUUCACGGCCCCUCAAACAACUGCAAAAAUUUGGGAGGACUCUAAUCAAUGGUUUGAGGCUCAAAAAGGUAGAAAUCUGGAAUCAGGGGACGGGGCGCUUGACACACAGCAGCCAAAGGAGUGGUUACCUCCUGAUGAAGGGACGCUAAAGUGUAAAAUUGGUGUCACCUGGUCGCAAAGAAAGAGAGUGGGUGGAGCUGCUUGGAUUGUGAGAGAUCACAAGGGAAUUACCAGGAUUCACAGUCGUCGAGCUUUUAGUGCUGUUGAGAGCUUGUUUGAGGCGAAAACUUUGGCACAUCUAUGGGCGGUGGAAAGCAUGAUCAGUCAUCAUAUCGGUAGCGUAGUGUUUGCUACAGAGGCAUCAGAGAUUAUUGGGGCUGUAAACAAUCCACAGGCAUGGCCUGCUUUUCGAUCUCACUCAAGGGAAAUCCUUGAGACUUUGCAUGGUAUAUCAGAAUGGAAAUGGGUACUGGAAGUACGAGAGGCCAACAAACCGGCAUUCAUGAUUGCGAAAAGUGUUGUGGUGGAGGAUAGGUUUCAAUCAUAUGUGGCUUCGGGAGCGCCGGGCUGGUUAACUGAAAUUCUCGAGCAGGAAAAGUUGAAUGCCUCUGUGUAUUCGACAUGA